AAAGCCUAUUCAGGAACUAGGAACCGAAGUUCAAUUCACGUUUCCUAGAGGGACAUUUUAUUACCGUUACCUGCCAGUGAAGAUCGCUGUCUGUCUUUGUUUAUGCUGCUGCUAUGUUUCUGUAAUGUGUUCAUAUAAUACAAAACACAUCUAAAUUCAUAGCAGAUGCAUAUAUUGGAUUAAAUAAAUGUCUCAAUCUAAAGACUUCUCCUGCUCUCCUGAUUCUCUGACCGGAAUCUGGUCCAUACUUGGCCGCCUCAACCAGUUGUAAUUUGAAUGUAGUAAGGUUUACUACAUUAGUUUGGUCCUUCGAGCCGGAUUGAGAGCAACAUCAAACCAGUAUGGACCCAACAGUAAGUGACACAGAGACAAUGGAAAGACCUCGCCGCAGGACAAAUCUUCCGCCUCACCUGGAUGAUUAUGAGCUUGGCUACCGGCCCGCAGAGGACCAUCCUCCUAAAGUUUCUACUCCCUGUCCCAGUCAACGUAGAAGCAGCUCGAGGAAAACGUCCCACAGCAGUACCAGCUCUCAUUCUAGGACCAGCAGGCGUUCCAUUACCUCCACUGGCGUUUAUCUUCCACCAGAACUCUCUAAUGUCCAGACUGCUGUUUUAGAGGAGAAGAUUAAGCAGAGACAGUUUGACAGUCUCCGGCAGCAGGUACAGGAGGACUCACUCGCUGACAUGGAAUAUCAGCGGCUGCAGACACAAGCAAAGGAAGCUCAGCGCAUUCAGGAAGAGGCUCUUGCAGCUAAGGAGGCUUUGUCCAAGCAUCUAGAGAGACAGCGCAAGCUGCAACAAGCAGAGACGGAACUUGAGGUAGCAAAGCUUGUAUCUACCAUGCUCAUUGAAGACUCUGGUUCAGCCACUCCUGUGCCUCCAGGCUCACCGGCCAGCCCUUUGCCUCCACCUCAACCUAAUCAGAGUAGUCCAGCCAUGAGUCCACAGUCUCCCUCGUUGUCUCAGCAGCUCUUUACUCAGUCACCAGCCGUGACAUCAUCUGUACACCCUUCGUCAGGUGAUCAAAUCAUGCUGGACGACACAUCACAGCUGACACUCAGGCCACAGGCGCCGACACUACCUACCACUGAAACCGUGACUGUUUCUUUUCCUAAACCAUUCCACUUGUCACAAGCAGUUUCAUCACCAGUCUCUACAGUAUCUCAGACUGCCCCUAUAACUGCACCAUUACGCACAGUGAUGUCAGCAUCGUAUGCAGUACCUCAGCCUUCCUCAUUAGCCACAGUUAUGUCCACUGCUGCACACUCCAUGAAUAUGUCCAUGCCGUCUAUGCCACAGCUGUCUACAAGUCCAUAUGUGAUACAUCAAUCAUUGAACCCUCCAGUGAGCACACAUCAUCUGCAACCUCCAGUUACUAGCCAGCAUGCAUCAGCUAUGCCACCUAAUGCUAACUUUGCUCAGCGACCCUCAUUCCAGCACUUCCCCCAAACACAGUCUGCAUACCCUGGUACAGAGCUACUAUAUGCCUCAGCUUAUGGCAUCCCACAGCCUAAGCUACCAGUGUUUGAAAGUGGUAAUGAGAGUGACUUUGCCCUGUUAAAAUUGGCAUUGGACAAUUUGUUAAGUCAUCACAGCUAUCUCAGUGAGCAGUACAAAUACCACGUCCUAUUAAGCCAUUUGAAGCUUCCCAGUGCUCAGCAGCUAGCUAAAGCCUACAUGUAUCAUUCGCAUCCAUAUUCAGCUGCACUGCAAGCGCUUCAGGAUAAGUAUGGGCAGUCAAGACAACUUGUGCAGUCCGAGCUAGGUGCCAUCAUGAACAGUCCGCCACUUAGACUGGGCGAUGCUAAUGCUUUUGACUCCUUUGCCUUAUCAGUUCAAUCAUUGGUGGGCAUGUUGAGGACUCUUGAAGGUCAGAAUGGUUUCGAGCUCUUGUGUGGCUCUCAUGUGGAUCGUCUGCUCAGCAAGUUGCCAGCUGCCUAUCGUGAUAGCUUUGUUGAAUACUGCCUGAGUAAGGGUAUUCUCCAGACAGGCACAGACAAAACCUAUACACUCCCCGAUCUGGCUACUUGGUUGGAGAUUAAGUCCCAGGCUAAACGCAUUUCCAACCGAGCAGCAGCCUUGUUUCAGAGCGACUUACCCAAGUCCUAUGGUAAACCUACAACAUCUACUCGUCCCAAGGAGCGAUUUACACCUGUUCUCUUGACCAGUGAGAGAGCCAUGAAAGGUCCUGAUGCUGCAGCACAGAAAUCUAGCUCAAAGCCAAAGCCCAGGCCAUAUUGUCCUCAUUGUGAUAGCAGGGAGCAUUACCUCAAUGCCUGUGACCAGUUUAAGAAACUAACUACAGCUCAAAUUAUCACUUGGAUUAAAGAGGGUAAGCGCUGCUGGAGGUGUGGCCGAACUCAUGCAGUGGAGGUCUGCAACCUCAAGCGAACAUGUGGCGUUUGUAAAGAGUUACAUCUCACAGUUCUGCAUGAUUCUGUUGAUGAUACUUCCAGGGCUGUUCUCAUGGUCAGUUUGCCACCUACCAGGAUUUACCUUGAUCAUCCAAACCAUUCACCCAAGGUCAUGCUGAAAGUGGUUAAAGUCCUUCUACACAAUGGUCAACAAACUAUGGAAACUCAUGCAGUUCUUGAUGACGGGUCAGAGAGAACAUUAGUGCUUCAGCCAGUGGUGCAGCAGCUUAAAUUAUCUGGUACCCCUGAAUUGCUCCCCUUACAGACAAUCCACCAGUGUCACACUGAACUUGCAGGAUCAUCUGUGUCCUUUGAGGUGUCUUCAGUAUCCAAGCCUGAGAGGAAGUUUGCUAUACACAAUGCGUUCACUGCUACGGACCUGUGUCUAGCAGAACACAACUACCCAGUGGCUGCUCUCCAGAAGGCCUAUCGACACCUGCAGGACCUGCCACUGCCUCCUAUGGACAGAGUGAAACCACUGCUGCUUAUUGGGUCAGACAUGCCUCAUCUCCUGACACCUGUUCAGCCCAUAUGCAAAGGCCCAGUAGGGGGACCCAUUGCUGUUCAUACACAACUUGGAUGGUCUCUCCAAGGCCCGAUGAGUCCCAUGCAGCCCUCAAGGGGAAAUCAGCAGUGCCUCCACAUAAUGACAUCUCCAAACCGUGAUGACCUGAUUCAACAUGUGGAAAGACUCUGGCAAGUUGACACACUCCCAUACAAUACUAAGAUGAUUACACGGUCCAAACAGGACAAAGAGGCUUACACCUUGCUUCAAAAUGCCACUAUAAGAGUGACAGUGGACCAUGUACAACGAUAUGCUACCCCAUUGCUGAGAAGAACCCCCCUGAGCUUACUCCAUGCAGACAAAACUGCAGUUCUCCCCAGUUUACGCCGCACAGAGCGCAGACUGUCACGGGAUCCCGAAAAGGCUAAAGUUUACUGCAGUGAGAUCCGUAAGUUGGAGUCAGCGGGUUAUGUGGCAAAGAUAAGUGCAGAGGAAGCGGAUCAAAGUACAGAGUCUUGGUUCAUUCCGCACCACAUGGUGCACCACAAUGGUAAAGACAGAAUUGUUUUCAACUGCUCCUUCCAACAUCAAGGACAGUCUUUGAAUGAUCAGCUGCUGCCAGGGCCAACUUUGGGACCAUCCUUACUAGGUGUCCUCCUGAGAUUCCGCCAGCACACUGUUGCUAUCAGUGGGGACAUCAAAGGUAUGUUCCACCAAGUCCGCUUGCUGCCUGGGGACAAACCAAUACUGCGUUUCCUUUGGAGAGACAUGAACAGGGAAGCAGAACCUGAGAUAUACGAGUGGCAAGUGCUUCCAUUUGGCACUACAUGCAGCCCCUGUUGUGCCAUCCAUGCCCUCCAACAACAUGUCCAAGGGCACAAAGAUGAUAUGGCUGACUUAGUUGAUAUUGUGGAACAUUCAUUCUAUGUCGACAACUGCCUUCACAGUGUACCAACGACAAGUGAGGCUAAAGAGAAAGUGGAUGGGCUGCGCCAGAUCCUUUCUGAAGGGGGCUUUGAGAUUAGACAGUGGGCAUGUAAUGUGCCAUCUGUAACCCAACACCUACCUCCAGAGGCCAGGUCUGCAAACAGUGAGCGCUGGUUAACACAAAGCAGCAUGGAUCUUCAGGAACUCACUCUUGGUCUGCGGUGGGAUUGCAUAAGUGACACUCUGGGGUACAACUUGCGUUCUGUGGAGACUGCUGAGCCUACAAUGAGGAAUAUAUAUAAAACAUUGGCAAGUCAGUAUGACCCUUUGGGGUUCAUUAUCCCAUUCACAACCAGGGCCAAAGUCAUUAUUCAAGACCUCUGGAAGCACAAUCUUGGUUGGGACGACCCCAUAGAGCUGUUGCAUUUGAGAGAAAGUUGGCUCACCUGGGUAGGAGAGCUCCCAAUUCUUCCCAAGUUGCAGUUCCCUCGAGCAUACACCCCAGCCUCUGCCGACAACCCAUCGGCCACCCGAGAGCUUCAUGUCUUUAGUGAUGCAUCGGAAAGGGCCUACGGUUCAGUGGCAUACCUACGCACCACAGAUGAUCAAGGACAGGUUACUCUUACCUUUGUCUUGGCCAGGUCUAGAGUAGCACCUCGCAAAUGCCUGUCAAUACCUCGUUUGGAGCUCUGUGCUGCCCUUACCGGCGCCCAGUUGGGCAAGGUGAUCCAAACUGAGUUGACCAUACCUGUCCACAAAGUCACUUUCUGGUCUGACUCUACCACUGUGUUGUACUGGUUGACAUCUGAAUCAUGCCGCUACAAAGUGUUUGUAGGGACACGUGUGGCAGAGAUACAGACUUUAACAGAGAUGUCUGAAUGGAGGUACGUGGACUCAAAUCACAACCCAGCCGACCACAUCACACGAGGUCUUAGACUGACAGAAUUAACAGGCCCUCAUCAGUGGAAGUCAGGUCCAGCCUUCCUAAAUCAGUCACCUGAUAAGUGGCCGUCAAUGCCCAAAACUGAAGAAGAGCCUGACUGCAAUGAAUUAAAGAAAUCUGCCUUUAUUGGCGCUGUUUCAUCACUUAGACAUUCUCUUCCAGAUCCAAGCCAAUUCCACUCAUGGCAAGAGCUCGUCCAGGCUACUGUUAGAUCCCUGCAUGGGGCGGCUACCACUGACACUGACCAUCCUACAGAGGCUUCUGAAUAUAUUGAAGCUGAAAAGCUACUUCUUGCACAGGCUCAAAUGGACUCCUUCCCUACUGAUGUUAGACAUUUAAAGGUCGGACAUCCUAUUCCACAAACCAGUCGCUUAGGCUCACUUGCCCCUGAAUAUGAUAACGGCACUGGUCUCAUUAGAGUGGGCGGACGGCUACGGCGUGCUAGUGACCUUGACCCAGAGGCCAUACACCCAAUUGUAUUAGACCCUAGCCAUCCUAUCACCAAGCUGAUAAUUAAGGAGACAGAUCAACGACUCCUUCACCCUGGCUCAGAAAGGGUUCUAGCAGAGCUGCGCCGCCAGUAUUGGAUACUUCGAGGCCGAGAAGCAGUUCGUAAACACCAGCACAGCUGUCGAGACUGUCAGUACUGGCGUGCCAAACCUCAAAUCCCACGUCUGGCAGAUCUUCCUCCCUGCAGAUUAAAUCUGUAUAAGCCACCCUUCUAUUCUACCGGCGUCGACUGCUUUGGCCCAUUCGCAGUCAAAAUUGGGCGCCGUCAAGAGAAACGGUGGGGGAUUAUUUACAAAUGCUUAACGACACGUUGUGUGCAUCUGGAUCUGUUGGAGCAUAUGGACAGUGAUGCUUUUCUGCUCUCCCUGCGCCGUUUCAUAGCCCGACGCGGUAAGCCUAUGGAGCUGUUGUGCGACAAUGGCACCAACUUCGUUGGAGGUGAUCGGGAGUUACGGGAAUCCUUUGAAGCCAUGUCACCAAAGCUACAGGAACAGCUGGCAGAGCAGAAAAUUAGGUUUCGCCAUAACCCCCCAAAUGCUCCUCACUUUGGGGGAACCUGGGAGCGCGAAAUAAAAUCAGUUAAGGCAGCACUCCGUGUGAUCCUCAGAGAGCAGUCGGUGCCGGAACCAGUACUGCAAACCCUUCUGGUAGAAAUUGAAAGCAUCCUGAACUCCAAGCCCCUCGGCUAUGUAUCCUCGGAUAUUGCGGAUGUGGACCCUGUGACUCCAAAUCUACUACUUAUGGGUCGUCGAGAUGCAUCGCUGCCUCAGGUCUUGUAUGACUCUAACAACCUGCUUGGAAAACGAAGGUGGAGACAUAGCCAAGUGCUGGCUGAUUGUUUCUGGGCUGCCUUUAUCCGCCGAUACCUCCCAGACAUGCAGGGACGUCAAAAGUGGACCGCCGAGGGCAGGGAACUGACAGUAGGGCAGGUCGUACUUGUUGCAGAUCCACAACUACCACGCUCACUCUGGCCUGUAGGAACCAUAACAGAGACCUUACCUGGAGCUGAUGGUAGAAUUCGUGUUGUCAGAGUCCAGGUUAAAGACAAAACUUACACUCGUCCAGUUGUGCGAUUAAUCCCUCUUCCUCAUCUUGAGGAUAAUGACACGAGCACCCCCGAUAGACUUUCUUAAAGUGUUUAAUUAUCUUGCCAGAUAAUUGGGGCGGCUGUGUCAGAAAGCCUAUUCAGGAACUAGGAACCGAAGUUCAAUUCACGUUUCCUAGAGGGACAUUUUAUUACCGUUACCUGCCAGUGAAGAUCGCUGUCUGUCUUUGUUUAUGCUGCUGCUAUGUUUCUGUAAUGUGUUCAUAUAAUACAAGUAAGUCCGAACAAUAUUGUAUCUAAUAGUCAUAUGUUAUGCAUGCUUUUGCUAUUUCUGAUGUUUAUACUGUUCGCGGUGUCCCGUUUUAUCGGUUAUUUGCGGCCGCGAUUUGCCGCGAUUGUUUUGCUGAGUCAUAUAUAUUGUCAGCUACAUGUAGCCUUCACGAAAGUAUUUACUUAUAUAAUUAUGUAUACAAGCGGGCAUUUCUCAGUCCCUUAUUGUGUUGGUGUUGAUCAUAUUAUCACUUACAGACAUUUCUGUAAAUUAUAUUUGGGUUACAAAUGCAUAUUUGCUGUUAAAUUCCAUUGUGGUGCUAUGCUAUUAUAUUAUGUCAGUAGAUGUUAUAGGCAAUUUAUACAUUUGUUAAUAGUGAGUAAUUUGUAAUUAUUUUCCUUUGUUUCUUUGUAGAACACAUCUAAAUUCAUAGCAGAUGCAUAUAUUGGAUUAAAUAAAUGUCUCAAUCUAAAGACUU